AUGUUUGAGAAUAAGGUCGAGAAGCAACUUACACGUGAAUGUUACUAUGAGGAGAGUGAAGCUGGAAGGAAGAGUGUUAAGAAACUCAUUGAAGAAGAAACACAGCAAAAAUGUGAUUCUGAAUGCAGAGGAGGCACAAAGGCGAAAAACCGAAGGAGAAGUUGUCAAAGCGAAGAUGAUUCGAUGUCUGAUGAUUCCGAAGAGAAGUUCAGCGAGUUGAUAAAGCGGUUAAUAGCUCAAAAGGAGAGCGAGAUAGUGAGCUGCAAGAAGAACCUGGUGGAUACAUUUCAAGUCUUGGAUUCUAAAGAAGAGAAUAUCGAUGCGCCAAUUACGGGAGAUUCUCAGAGAAUUCAAGAGGCAACAAACUCACAAUGUACACAAACAAUUGUAGUUUUGAAGCCUGAACCAAACAGCUUAGACGUUGGUUCAUCACCUGGACUUGAUUCUACAGAAAACAAGGCCAAAUACGGAAGAUUCGGUUCUCGGUUUCUUCUAAGUAGAAUCAGAAGAAGACUAAACUUUGGUGUUGGAAAAACCCCUUGCAAUGCUCAACAAGAUUCUGAUCAAGAUCCAGAUACAUUGUCUUCUAACAUGAAUCAAAACUGUUGUUUUGGAGAAGAAAUAGAGACUAAUCCCGGGAGGCGUGUUUCGGAUGGAGAAAUCUUGCCGGAGAUUGCUUCAAGUAGCGAGGCUAAUAAAGAGGACACUAUCCAUGGAAGCAAAGAUCAGAAGAAGAGUAUGUGUGGUAUAUACACUGCAGCCAAGAAACACUUGUCUGAAAUGCUAGCAGAAGGAGACAUAGAUGUUGAUUCACCGGAUAAAGAAGUACCGAGAAUCCUCGGGAAGAUUCUUGCUCUCCCUGAGUUCUCUACACCAGAAAGCAGUCCAAGAAUGACAUUGGCACAAGAAUUUGUCGGUUAUCAGAUAACCGACAAACCAAAGAUUCAAGAUUACUCUGAGACACUUGGAUUGGAUUCAAAUGAAGAAACAGCGUCUACCAGUGAUAUGCCAGUUCCUAUAGACACUGAGAAGGAAGAGAAGACUGUCCUAGAUUCAUUGUCUGAAGAUAACUUUGUAACUCAUGAUGAAGUUGAGCACAAACAACACUUGGAAAAGUCUCAGGAAACAUUCGACGAGAGGCAUUCACCGUGUUCUCCACCAAGUUCUUCAGUAAGAAUGUCUGAUUGCCAAGACAAUGCUACUGAUGUUCCAGGGAAGUCAAGUCCUGUAUCUGUUCUUGAGCCUCUCUUUACAGAUGAUGAGCUUAGUCCAAAUAGCUCCAAAUUCUCUUCAGUCGAAAUGCGGUUGCAACCACUCUGCAUAAGAUUCGAAGAACCUGAUUCUCCAAGACCAGUUGUCAAAACUAGAAUUGAUGACAAAGAAGUGGCACUUGCAUACAUUCAAGCAGUGGUGAAAUACUCAGAUUUGAACUGGGAAGAGAUUUUAGCGAGGUCUUUUUACUCGAAGCAGAUUCUUGAGCAGGCACUAAUGGAUGACAUUGAUUUCUGUCCUACAAACCUCUGCAGCGAUAAGAAACUUCUUUUUGACUGUAUCAAUGAAGUUCUUAUGGAGUUUUGUGGUCAUGGUCCUUGGAUUUCAUUCGUCAAACCCGCAUACCGGUUUUUUUCAGAUAUGGAAAAUGUUACUCAAGUGGUGCAAGAGGAGGUUUAUUGGCAUCUCUUACCUUUACCUUCUCCUCAUACAUUAGACCAAAUAGUCCAGAAAGACUUGGCUAGGACCAGAAGCUGGAUGGACCUUCGCUUUGAUAUCGGUUGCAUCGGUUCUGAAAUAAGUGAAAUAAUACUCGAUGAGCUAUUAGAAGAGAUAAUCAGCAACUUCACUGAGUUGUUCCAAGUUGAAACAGUCAACAAAAUCACAAUUCCUUGA